AUGAUAAUCGGUGCAAUAAAUUGCAAUUUCGAAGAACAAGAGUUAAAAGUGGAUAAAAUGAUCCCAAAGUAUGAGAGGUUAGGCAAUGGCGUGGAAUGCCCUGAAAAAGUGGAGUUAAUUCUGGCGAAAUGCAAAGAAAUGGCACAACUAAUGAUACGAAUGGGAAAUUGUGAGAUGUGGGAUAUAUUGGACGGCUUUAAAUAUGCCGGUUACUUAAAACCUAUACUCCGUGAUGUAAUUUUGGAGAGCACUAGCCUUUCGAGCUACGAGAAAAUUAAAAUUGUUCGCAUAUUACGUUCGCAAUUGGAGGGAGGGGGAGGGAAGGGUGUUAGGGACGUGCGAAGUAUUGUGCGUAAAUAUUGGGACGAUGUGUUGAAUAUGCACGAAGACAUUGAUGGCUUCAGAGAGUCCACUCGCGAACGAAUUGCAAUUUUUCCAUCAUUCGUGACCAGAGCUGAGGAACAUCUCGGUGUGAAAGCGGACGCCAAGUGCGAACUCGGCGAAAAGUACCCUGAUGCAAAACACAAAUCGAUUACCGUGUCGCUUAUAUACGUCAUACCAGUGAUUGGC